AUGGUUAGCGAUUCUGAUGACGAUUUGGUGUUGCAGACAUUAUUGUCUGCGGCACAAGAUGUGAUUCGUGAGAGAGGGAAAACUUCACACCGCAAGAAGAAACAUAGAAAAUAUAUCAAUCAAGAUCGCGAGGCAGCACAUCAACUUUUGGUAUAUGAUUAUUUUGUCCCUGAUAGUCUUUAUGACCUAUUGAAAUUCGAAGAACGUUUUCGUAUCAGUAGAAAUUUAUUUUUGUGUAUAGCUACAGAUUUGGAACGUAAUUAUGAGUUUUUUCAAUUACAAUGGGAUGCUAGAGGUAAAUGUGGUUUUACCACAAUACAAAAAUGUACGACCGCUCUUAGACAAUUGGGAUAUGGUAUAACCGCAGACGUAUCGGAUGAGUAUCUGAAAAUGUUUGAGAGGACGGGUCGAGAUUGUACAUAUCUUUUCUGUGAGUAUGUUAUAGAGCUUUACCGUGACAUAUACUUGCGACAUCUGACUAAAAGUGAUGUCGAACAGUUAUAUGCCACACAUCAAGCUAAACAUGGUUUUCUAGGGAUGCUUGGUAGUAUUGAUUGUACACAUUGGGAGUGGACAAAUUAUUCCAAUGCGUGGCUUGGUCAAUUUACGCGAGGAGAUCAUGGGGUCCCAACUGUUAUACUGGAGAUGGUUGUUUCAAACGACUAA